AUAACUGUAUAUGUGCAGGGUUUCCCCCAAGAUAUUAGUUUCUGGAUUUUUUUUUCUACUCGUUCCUAGCUUCACAACAAAUGUCCUCCACUGUCAUUGCAAAGUUCUACCCCGAAUUAAUAAUUGUGAAGCAAGUAUAGGAUGUGGUCGACUCCCCUCAUUAUGUAGUGCCGCUGCACAUUUUCCCUGUAGCCACUCAUCCAGAUAUUAAAUAUAAUUUAAAUGUAACAUUUUCUUAUAACAAAAUUGGAUGCACUAAACACAGAUAAACCUUGCCGUGAAUCACAGCUGAACAGUUUUGUGUCAUUUGCUUUCCUUGUUUUUCUGCCAUCUAAUUAUUCUCUAACAUGUUUAUUUUACCAGAAGAUGAACGGUCUGUCCAUCCGAGAGCUAUGCGGCCUGUUCUGCUGUCCCCCUUGCCCUAGCCGUAUUGCAGCCAAACUGGCAUUCCUCCCUCCAGAGCCCACGUACGCCCUUCUCCCUGACCCAGAUGCAGGCUCUGCAGCUGGAACUGCUCCUGGGUCCAGUUCCGGGUCUGCUCAGCCUUCUCUUGGAGCACCAGGACUGCGUUCCAGACUAAGCGCUGGCACUGGUGCUGACAGAGUAGGAGCAGGAGCGGUUGCUGGAGGAGGUGGCGCUGGAGGUGGGGGUGGUGGAGUAGGAGGAGGUGGAGUAGCAGGAGGAGGAGGAGGAGGAGGAGGAGGUGGUGGUGGAGGUGGCAGCAGCAGCAGCAGCAGUGGCGGCGGCUGGAGUGAGGGCAGGUGGAAGCUUCACCUUACAGAAAGGGCGGAGUUCCAGUAUUCACAGAGAGAGCUGGAUCUGACUGAUGUAUUCCUGACCAGAUCUAGCAAAGGGAACCGGGUGGGGUGCAUGUAUAUUCGGUGUGCCCCUAAUGCUAGGUUUACAGUGUUGUUUUCUCAUGGCAAUGCAGUAGAUCUGGGUCAGAUGAGCAGCUUCUACAUUGGCUUAGGCACACGCAUCAACUGCAACAUCUUUUCCUAUGAUUACUCAGGCUACGGUGUUAGCACUGGCAAGCCCUCUGAAAAGAACCUAUAUGCCGACAUUGAUGCUGCGUGGCACGCCCUGCGCUCUCGGUACGGCAUCAGUCCUGAGAAUAUCAUCCUAUACGGACAGAGCAUCGGCACGGUGCCCACAGUAGACCUGGCGUCACGGUUUGAGUGUGCCGCUGUGGUCCUCCAUUCUCCUCUCACCUCUGGAAUGAGAGUGGCUUUCCCCGACACCAAGAAAACGUACUGCUUUGAUGCCUUCCCGAACAUAGAGAAAGUGUCAAAGAUCCCGUCUCCUGUGCUCAUCAUCCACGGUACGGAGGAUGAGGUGAUCGACUUCUCUCACGGCCUGGCCCUGUUUGAGCGCUGUCCCAAGGCCGUGGAGCCCCUCUGGGUGGAGGGGGCCGGUCACAACGACAUUGAGCUUUACAGUCAGUACCUUGAGAGGCUACGGCGCUUCAUCAACCAGGACCUGGCUGCACAGCACGCCUGAGGAGCUAACAACAGCUUCUCUGCGCUGGUAUGAAUGACUUGGGAGAGAUUGACGUGAAAUGAUUUUGGAUUUUUUUUUAAAUUAUAAUUUAUUUCAUUUGCCAUCUGUGUGUCUUUGAAGCAGCACACCAUGUUCAAAUAACACAUGUUCAAGUAAUUUCCUCUUACAAAGGAGAGGAUUUUUUAAUCUCAGCAGCUUUAUCCAUCUGUGUGGUGAAACGCUAAAGAACAACUGCUGAGAUCAAAUAACUUCUGGUUAAUCGUUUUAACGUGAGGAAAUGUAUGAAUUGCAGCUUUGAAAUGUGUCACUAACAUAACUGAAGAAGUACCAACAAUGUGCUCAAUUCCAAAAAGGCACACAGAUGUCAUUUUUUUAAGUAUAGCGUGAUAGGGAAUGUACGAGUCAUGGAUGAAAGCGAGGAGUGUGUGUGAGAUAAAAAGAGAAUGUGUGUGUGUGUGUGUGUGUGUGAGAGAUAAAAAAGAGAGAAUGUGUGUGUGUGUGUGUGUGUCUGGAAAGAAUAAUGAAGGACAUCCUGAUGACUUCAACAUCUGCAAGUGGAGGACGCUAAUUGAAGCGUCUCGAUGUUGAUUUCUUUUUUCUUUUUGUGAGUAUAUGUAUGAAGAAUACCUCCACGGCUCGACCAGUUCUCUCUCCGGUGGACAAACGCUGGUCGAGCGCUCCUCCUCCGCUCCCUGUUUACCUGUUAAUGGACACCCAUCUGACUGCCAGGGCAUUUCCCAAGCUGCUGUCCAGCUAACACUAACCUACUUUAUCUGUGUGAUUUGGGAGUCCAUCUCUUUGCCUUUUGGUGGUUACAUAAGGACUAGUCCGGAAUACUGUCAUAGCUUGUAUGACUGCUGAGUGUCCCAUACUCUCCUGUCACUCAUUUUUGACUUUUUGAAAAGAUUACAGAAUGGCUAGCUUCCACUUCCUUUCGUGGGCGUACUGUAGCUUUAGCCAUCACCUUUCGUCGGAAUUUGCAGCGGCAACUCUUUGUGGAAUUGUUUUUGAUUCCCACUUCAUUGCUUUUCUCCGACCACUCCGACAUAUUUGUGAUGAAGAACGAUGGUGUGCUAGAAAUGAAAUAGGUCUUUGUUAGCCACAAAGAGGAUAUCUGUGGUUUUUGGAGACAUUUUGAUCAGUUGACUCCAACAGAAGGCUGGUGCAUUUGUGUCACUUCAGUGCCGUGUGAGGUUUAACAGUCGGGCAGACGGCACAAGUCCGGUUUAAAAACACUCAUUUUUGUUGAAUUCUGCAAAAAGCUUAAGGCGGAUGUACUUGUGUUCUUACAGCACAGUUUGUGUUCCGUUAGCUCUCAUCACAACGGUUCGUCAGCCUCAUGUUCAUAUGCACAUUUGAUUUGAACCCUUUUUUAAUUUUUUUGACUUGAUGUAAUUAAUCCUAGUGUGUUUCUCGUUGUGUGGGGCCAUAGAUUGUUUGUUUCAGAGCUGUGCGUGUCAAUGUCAUGACCAUCAGCCUGCCUACUAAAGCUGUUUUUACACCUCUGUGGCCCUAAAUGUACAGGAGCUCUCUUAUGGGUGGCAGCACGCUUUAUGUCUGACACAAGCCAUAUUUAAGCCUCUCACUGUUGAUGUGGUGCAGGUUCCACCACACCUACACACACACACACACACCUACACACACACACACACACACAUAAUACAUGUACUGUAGAAUGCAGUAUAUUGACACAUUUAUAUAUAUCAGAUCAAGCAUGACAAAAAGCAGGUCUUAAGUUCAGCACUAUUGUACAAAGCAUCCAAAGUGUAACAGGGGUAUAAAAUGUAAGUUUGUGUGUCUUCAUUAUUAUUAUUAUUAUUAUUGACUGUAUUUUACAGGCCAGCGUUAAGGAUACGUGUACUGAACCCUGUGUGUAGACCUGGAAAGGUCCCAGACCUGAUAUUCUGGUGGCUGGCUAGCACCACAUUUCAGACGUCCCUGAGGCGUCGGCUGCAAACGAGACGCAGCGGUUUCAGUGAUAGUAGCUGCGUUUUUUUUUGUUCUCAACUAGCACUGAUCGGAUUACUCCAUUAUAGGAGUGCAAGUGGGUUUCAGUGUCAUCACUUCAAACAGGGAAUAUUUCCACUCCCAUCCUGUGCUUUGUGUCUCUGAUAUUUGAAUAAUGGAAAUCUGUUACCACCAGUGAUCCGAGCUGAGAAGAAUCCGUCAUCAGCUCAGUUGUUUUUUCCAGAGUUAUCAGGGAAACCUCUGGAUCCACCUUUCAUUCUUUUGGUGGAGACGUGCAGUUUUAUUGAUGCACCAGUAUGGUAGAUGUAUAUUGUAUCCUCUGGCUCUGAAUGUGUAAGGGGGGGGGGUUGAACAGUGAAAACUGUAUGCAUGUCUAUAGUGUUUAGCAAGGCAAGUGGUGGGCUUGAACGUUAUCUCUAUUAUGUAUUCUAUGUGGGGAUGAAGCUGAACUCAUGGCAUUGGAACAUUGAAGCGCUUUAAAGACAAAAGAAAAAUGGGACGUUUAUUUUAAUUUUUUAAAUGCUGAUACUAACUGAUGUAUUGUUAUGAGUUUUGUGCUAGAGUUU